AUGACGUCGCAGCAGACACCAUUGGCAUACGCCGUCGCACAAUGGCUUCAGCAGUCGUCGUCCUCUGUUCCCGCUGAUCAGAAGGCCAAGCUGCAGCAAGCGGCCGAGAGCGUCUCCGAAGCUUUCGGCGUCGACACAUCUUCAUCGGAGCAGCAAGCCAAGUACGGCUCCGGACCCGGUCUGCAGGCCAUCUUUGACAUUUUCCUUAAGACACAGGCCAAGAUGGGUGGUGGUGCUGCGCCCGCCCCCGCCGCCGCUUCUUCUUCGACCUCAUCCGCACCCGCAUCGUCGGCUGCGACUCCCUCGGCCGACGACCUCGCCAAGGCGGAGCAGCUCAAGUCAGAAGGCAACAAGGCCAUGUCCGCCAAGGACUACGGUGCGGCCAUCGAGGCGUACGGCAAAGCCAUCGAGCUCAACCCUAACUCGCCCGUCUACUUCUCCAACCGCGCUGCUGCGUUCAGCCAGAUCGGGCAACACGACCAGGCCAUCGAUGAUGCCCGCCAGGCGAGCAAGAUCGACCCCAAGUUCGGCAAGGCAUACAGCCGAUUGGGCCAUGCGCUCUUCAGCUCCGGUCGAUACCAGGAGGCUGUCGAGGCGUACCAGCAGGGUGUGGAGGUGGAUCCCACCAACGAGGUGCUCAAGAAGGGUCUUGCUGCGUCCAAGGAGCAGGUCUCUUCGUCUUCCUCUAGCAGUGCCAACGCCAACCCUUCCGCUUCGCGCGAUGCAGUCUCGUCGCCAACGGCUGGCGCAGAUGCAGGCGCGGGCGCAGGCGGGUUUCCCAACUUCGGCGGCGGUGCAGGUGGCAUGCCCGAUCUCGCAGCCAUGAUGAACAACCCCAUGAUCGCCCAGAUGGCCCAAAACCUCAUGUCGAACCCGGACAGCCUCGCGUCGCUGAUGAACAACCCCAUGCUGCGACAGGCCGCCGAGCGCUUCGGCGGCGGAGGCGGUAUGCCCGACAUGAGCGCCAUGAUGAACGACCCGGCGUUGCGCGAUAUGGCGAGAAACUUUAUGGGUGGUGCGGGCGGUGCCGGUGGUGCCGGUGGGAGGGGAAGCGGGGGUAACGGCAACAACAUGUAUGGUUAA